UGGGACCCCGCGCUCCCGCAGUCAUGGGCUCCGGGGGCCAGCGGGGGGCGGCGGCCGCGCCGCUGCUGGUGGCCGUGGCCGCACUGUUGGUGGGCGCCGCGGGCCACCUGUACCCUGGAGAAGUGUGUCCUGGCAUGGAUAUUCGGAACAACCUCACCCGGCUGCACGAGCUGGAGAACUGUUCUGUCAUUGAAGGACAUUUGCAGAUAUUGUUGAUGUUUAAAACGAGGCCCGAAGAUUUCCGAGACCUCAGUUUCCCCAAACUCAUCAUGAUCACUGACUACUUGUUGCUCUUCCGGGUCUAUGGGCUCGAGAGCCUCAAGGACCUGUUCCCCAACCUCACAGUCAUCCGGGGCUCACGCCUCUUCUUCAACUAUGCGCUGGUCAUUUUCGAGAUGGUGCACCUGAAGGAGCUUGGCCUCUACAACCUGAUGAAUAUCACCCGGGGGGCUGUCCGCAUCGAGAAGAACAAUGAGCUGUGCUACCUGGCCACCAUUGACUGGUCACGCAUCCUGGACUCUGUGGAGGAUAAUUACAUCGUGCUGAACAAAGACGACAAUGAAGAGUGCGGGGACAUCUGUCCGGGCACUGCCAAGGGCAAGACCAACUGCCCAGCCACUGUCAUCAAUGGGCAGUUUGUUGAGCGGUGUUGGACCCAUAGCCACUGCCAGAAAGUUUGCCCGACCAUCUGUAAGUCUCACGGCUGCACCGCUGAAGGCCUGUGCUGCCACAGUGAGUGUCUGGGCAACUGCUCCGAGCCCGACGACCCCACCAAGUGCGUGGCCUGCCGCAACUUCUACCUGGACGGCAGGUGCGUGGAGACCUGCCCGCCCCUCUACUACCACUUCCAGGACUGGCGCUGCGUCAACUUCAGCUUCUGCCAGGACCUGCACAACAAAUGCAAGAACUCACGGAGGCAGGGCUGCCACCAGUACGUCAUUCACAACAACAAGUGCAUCCCCGAGUGUCCCUCUGGAUACACGAUGAACUCCAGCAACCUCAUGUGCACCCCAUGCUUGGGCCCCUGCCCCAAGGUUUGCCACCUCCUGGAGGGCGAGAAGACCAUCGACUCGGUGACGUCUGCCCAGGAGCUCCGGGGGUGCACCGUGGUCAACGGGAGCCUGAUCAUCAACAUCCGAGGAGGCAACAACCUGGCAGCUGAGCUAGAGGCCAACCUAGGUCUCAUUGAAGAGAUUUCAGGGUAUCUCAAAAUUCGCCGAUCCUACGCUCUCGUGUCACUUUCCUUCUUCCGGAAGUUACGUCUGAUUCGAGGAGAGAGCCUAGAAGUCGGGAACUACUCCUUCUACGCCUUGGACAAUCAGAACCUAAGGCAGCUAUGGGACUGGAGCAAACACAACCUCACCAUCACUCGGGGGAAACUCUUCUUCCACUAUAACCCCAAGCUUUGCUUGUCAGAAAUUCAUAAGAUGGAGGAAGUUUCGGGAACCAAGGGGCGCCAGGAAAGAAACGACAUUGCCGUGAAGACCAAUGGGGAUCAGGCAUCCUGUGAAAAUGAAUUACUUAAAUUUUCUUACAUCCGGACAUCUUUUGACAAGAUCUUGCUCAGGUGGGAGCCAUAUUGGCCCCCCGACUUCCGAGACCUCCUGGGGUUCAUGCUUUUCUAUAAAGAGGCCCCCUAUCAGAAUGUGACAGAAUUUGACGGGCAGGAUGCCUGUGGUUCCAACAGCUGGACGGUGGUGGACAUUGACCCGCCCCAGAGGUCCAACGACCCCAAGUCACAGCCCCACCCUGGGUGGCUGAUGCGGGGCCUCAAGCCCUGGACUCAGUACGCCAUCUUUGUCAAGACCUUGGUCACCUUUUCUGAUGAGCGCCGGACCUAUGGGGCCAAGAGUGACAUCAUCUAUGUCCAGACAGAUGCUACCAAUCCUUCCGUCCCUCUGGAUCCAAUCUCAGUUUCUAAUUCCUCAUCCCAGAUUAUUUUGAAGUGGAAACCCCCUUCGGACCCCAACGGCAACAUCACUCACUACCUGGUUUUCUGGGAGAGGCAGGCGGAAGACAGUGAGCUGUAUGAGUUGGAUUAUUGCCUCAAAGGGUUGAAGCUGCCCUCCCGGACCUGGUCUCCACCGUUCGAGUCUGAAGAGUCCCAGAAACACAACCAGAGUGACUAUGAAGAGUCAGCCAGCGACUGCUGUGCCUGUCCCAAGACCGACUCUCAGAUCCUCAAGGAGCUGGAGGAGUCCUCGUUCCGCAAGACAUUCGAGGAUUACCUGCACAAUGUGGUUUUCGUCCCCAGAAAAACCUCUUCAGGCCCUGGCGCCGAGGACCCUAGGCCAUCGCGGAAACGCAGGGCCCUUGGCGAUGUUGGGAACGUGACAGUGGCCGUGCCCACGAUUCCAGGUUUCCCCAAUGUCUCCUCAACCAGAGUGCCCACUAGCCCGGCAGAGCACCGGCCCUUCGAGAAAGUGGUAAACAAGGAGUCGCUGGUCAUUUCUGGCCUGCGUCAUUUCACUGGCUAUCGCAUCGAAGUGCAGGCUUGCAACCAAGAUGCCCCAGAGGAAAGGUGUAGCGUGGCAGCCUAUGUCAGCGCCAGAACUAUGCCCGAAGCCAAGGCUGACGACAUCGUUGGUCCAGUGACCCAUGAAAUCUUCGAGAACAAUGUCGUCCACUUGAUGUGGCAGGAGCCAAAGGAACCCAAUGGUCUGAUUGUGCUGUACGAAGUGAGUUAUCGGCGAUAUGGCGAUGAGGAGCUGCACCUUUGCGUCUCCCGUAGGCAUUUUGCCCUGGAGCGGGGCUGCCGGCUGCGAGGGCUGCCCCCAGGCAACUACAGCGUGCGCGUGCGGGCCACCUCCCUGGCGGGCAAUGGCUCCUGGACCGAAGCCACCCAUUUCUACGUAACAGACUACUUGGACGUCCCAUCAAAUAUUGCAAAAAUCAUCAUUGGCCCACUCAUCUUUGUCUUUCUCGUCAGUGUUGUGAUUGGGAGUAUUUAUCUAUUCCUGAGAAAGAGGCAGCCAGACGGUCCAUUGGGACCGCUGUAUGCUUCUUCAAACCCUGAGUACCUCAGUGCCAGCGAUGUGUUUCCCUGCUCUGUCUACGUGCCUGACGAGUGGGAGGUACCCCGCGAGAAGAUCACCCUCCUGCGUGAGCUGGGCCAGGGCUCCUUCGGCAUGGUGUACGAGGGCAAUGCCAGGGACAUUGUCAAGGGCGAGGCGGAGACCCACGUGGCAGUGAAGACAGUCAACGAGUCAGCCAGCCUGCGAGAGCGGAUCGAGUUCCUCAAUGAGGCCUCUGUCAUGAAGGGUUUCACCUGCCACCACGUGGUCCGCCUCCUGGGGGUGGUGUCCAAAGGUCAGCCGACGCUGGUGGUGAUGGAGUUGAUGGCUCACGGGGACCUGAAGAGCUACCUCCGUUCGCUGCGGCCAGAGGCUGAGAACAAUCCCGGCCGCCCUCCCCCCACCCUGCAAGAGAUGAUUCAGAUGGCAGCUGAGAUUGCAGAUGGGAUGGCAUACCUGAAUGCCAAGAAGUUUGUGCACCGGGACCUCGCAGCUCGCAACUGCAUGGUGGCCCACGAUUUCACCGUCAAAAUUGGAGACUUUGGAAUGACCAGAGACAUCUAUGAAACGGAUUACUACCGGAAAGGGGGGAAGGGCCUGCUCCCUGUGCGGUGGAUGGCCCCGGAAUCGCUCAAGGAUGGUGUCUUUACCACGUCUUCUGACAUGUGGUCCUUUGGUGUGGUCCUUUGGGAAAUCACCAGCUUGGCGGAGCAGCCUUACCAAGGCCUGUCUAACGAGCAGGUGUUGAAAUUUGUCAUGGAUGGGGGGUAUCUGGAUCAACCUGACAACUGUCCAGAGAGAGUCACCAGCCUGAUGCAAAUGUGCUGGCAGUUCAACCCCAAGAUGCGGCCGACCUUCCUGGAGAUUGUCGACCUGCUCAAGGACGACCUUCACCCUAGCUUUCCGGAAGUUUCCUUCUUCCACAGCGAGGAAAACAAGGCUCCCGAGAGUGAGGAGCUGGAGAUGGAGUUUGAGGACAUGGAGAACAUCCCCCUGGAUCAGUCCUCGCACUCUCAGAGGGACGAGGCCAGGGGCCGGGACGGCGGGUCCUCGCUGAGCCUAAAGCGGAACUACGACGAGCACAUCCCCUACACCCACAUGAACGGGGGCAAGAAGAACGGGCGGAUUCUGCCUCUGCCCAGGUUGAAUCCUUCCUAACGGUGCCUGUUGGGAAGGGUCCCUGUCUCUGCCUGCCUCUGGUGUGAAGGCCUUCAGAAAUCUCAGGAUUCUCACGACUCUGCUACAGUGUCACCCCGAACUCAAGAGAUAACGACUCUACGUUUGUGGUCAUCCUAAGACUUAAAACACAUUUGUUGGAUUGACAAUUUGACUCAUCGUCAGCGGAUUUAACUGUGAACAUGGAGGGGAAGGGGUUUCCUUGGCUGCCGGGCUGCCGGCAACCGUGGCUUCAAGCCAGGAUGUUAUUAUUAUUAUUUUCUUUUUUCUAGUAGAUGGAAAGAAAGCACCCGUUUCUACAAAGUUUUUUUUUUUUUUUUUCCUUGCUGGUGUCUCAGCUACAGUAUAAAACCUAAAACUUGUCUGUGGAACAGAAGUUUGAAAAGAAAAAGUCUGUUCCAGCAGAAUUGCAAACAUUAGAGCUUCGGGAAGAUUUUUUUUUUUUUUCCAGGCUGAAGGAAAUUUUUUUUUUAAUUUUCACAAAAUCAGUUCCUCAAAUUGACCAAUAGCUGCUGCUUUCAGAAGAUAAGAGUCUGCAGUCUGGUGUGCGUUCACGUGUGUGCACGUGUGUGUGUGCGUGUGUCCCGGUUAGACACAGGGUGUGUGUGUGUUUGUGUGUGUGUGGGUGUGUGUGUGCAGAGUACUCACGCUGGGUUGAUGCUUUGGGGUUGGCUCCCGAAGGUUCUGCUCUUCCCGAGUGUGUGAGCCCAUUUCCCUCCCUCCUUUCUUCCUCAUUGACCGGGAGAUUGUGCCCGGGACAGAAUCUUCUUGUGUCCUAACUUGAGCCUCAGGACUCCUCUCCCUUAACUUUGGUGAAAAACGUUUUCCAGGAGCCGAGGGAGUAACAUUUAGUUUGGAGUAAUGGAUCUUUUCAAGACCAAACAAAGCCAGGACAAAAAGAAAGGAAAAAGACAAAAAAAAAAAAAAAAGGGAACUGAGGUGACAAAAUGUUUCAAGAAUAUAUUUGUAACAUAUUUAAUUUUAAAAAAUGUCCAGCAUUAACCUCGUGAGUUAUCGACUCUUGGGAGCAUCAUAAAGCAGGUGACCUCUUUGUUUGGUCUUAAAGGCAUCCAUUUUCUGGGAAUAAAGCCACAUUAGCUGCUAACCCUUUUGGACGUUGUAGGCCAUGUUAAGGGUGUGGGCAACUGUGUCUUAUAGGUGGUUUGGUUGUGACAGCACCAUCUGCUGGAAGAUUCCUGCUCGGUUAAGCUGGUGGCGACCUAGAGCCAAGCCCUGUCUUCGCUGGCACCUGUGGCUCCGUGGUCCUUUGGUUCCCCGCGGGUACUGCACGUGCUUCCUUCCAAUCUGGGUCUGCGUUUUCUGCAGUAACUGUGCAAACGCGACAGCAUCCAAUCCCAAAGAGCAACCUAGACAGGUGAAAUUUUGAGAACACUAAACAAACACUAUAAAGCAAGACAUGCUGAAAACACCUGUUGGCCCCCUCGACCCUUGGAGCAUCUGACUGUCCUCAGGACUGACCUUCUAGAAGCUGCCCUGCGCCCAGCGACCUCAGAUGUGCCAGGCGUGGGCAGAACUCUCAGGUGCCUAUGGCAUUGUAAUCCCAAGGAGAGUGGAGUCUGGAGGGGAAGCCAGCAAAGGACCUUUACACCACCGAGGAAUCGCGGAUGGCCUUGAAUCCGUAGUUUCUUCUCUUUGGGAAGAGAACUACAGCUGCUCAAAUAAAGGACACAGUGAACUCUUUUCUUGGGUUCCUCAAAACCGUCACCCACAGGUUAUCCCUGAGUGCGUUUUCUCACAAGUCUUUGACUGCUUUCUUCUCUUCUUCUUCUCGUAACAGUUGUGGGACUAAGAAUGGAAUAGAGGCGUAAUCCUCAACCUCCGAGCCUUCUCAGUUAAGAACACAGGUAGACACAAAUCCCAAUGGUCCAUUGCUAUCUUAUUUAUAUGAUCUGAGAAAUUAACAGCAUGUAAAAUAUUGCCAGCGAGCCUCAGUGAUCGGAUACAAGAAGCAAGAGUACAAAAUUUAUUUUCGCCAAAUUCGUUUUGUAAAUAGAAGAGGGUCUGUCAGUAAAUUAUAAAACACGUAGAUCUAGGUGUGUUGUUCUUUUCAUAGUGAAUUUGUAGUGGCCGCAAACUACGUUAGCAGCAAUUUUCAUGUUUUUCUAAUUCAGAAAGGUUUUCUUACAUUUAGGGGAAAAAUUAUUUAUUUUAAUAUAUAAAAUCACUGUAAAAAUCACUUUCGUAAAAAAUGAAGCGCAUGUAAAUUUUUAUCAAAGAAAAUAAACAGGUGGAUGUGGGGUGAUGAUUUUUUUGUUUUUCAGCACAGUCUACCUCAGUGUAUUGUUAGGAUGUAGUUAAUAACGGACAUCUCGAGACUUCAGAAUUCUGCCUAGAUCCCGUCUGAAUCAGGGGAAACCCAGAUCAGCCGAUUCCGAACACCAGGGACCAGGAAGAAUUGUGAGGGAGGGAGUCGGGAUGGGGAAGGUGUAACGCGUGUGAGCACAGAUCCUUUUUCUCCUGGUUGUCAAUAUUCUUUCUGAAUUCCAUCUGCCUGCCUGUUUUUCCUUUUUUUUGGAGGCGGAGGGGGCGAGGGGUCCUCCAUCAACACUGCUUCCCAACAUGAACCAAGCUUCAGGCCGCCAUGACAUAUCUGAUGUGUGGGGUACCCCAACCCGGCCUACCCUCUUUUGGUGAGAAGUGGGCGCUGCAUCUCCUGCUGAAGCAGACAGCUUUGGUUCAGAGCCAGUGUUCCUCCUACCCAUCCAUACUCCUUCAGUGAGCAUCCAGUGUCCUGGGUCUCCAGUGGAUUUUUCUUACCCUUUUAGGCUGAGGACGCUCACUGGGAGCAGAACAAAUCAUACUCAUGGGUACCUCAGACACAAACACCCAAGUCUAUGCCCCUUUUUAUUUCCUGAGUGGAAAGGGGGCAUUAUGGGAAAUCCCAAUCCAAAACCCACGAGCACAACAAAAUGUGAGGCCCCCGGGUUGGGGUUUCAUUGACUUCCAGCUGAUAGUGCUUCAUCCUGUGUGGCUUUGAGAGCCCAUGUGCAGGUCGGGCAGGGCUGCUCUUUUCAAACGUGGGGCACUGCCCUGCAGACUCGCCCUUCUCCACCUGCCCUGGAAAAGGGACGCAUGUUGGGCCCCCCUGUGUAGUGGGAUUUCACCAACUACAUUUAGCUGUUUCUUCUGCCACAGUGAAAAGAGCAAGCAGCUGUUGGGUCAAAAGCCUUCUUUUGCAUCAGAAACUGUUGACUUUGUAACAAUAGAACUUUGGUUCUUUAAAGUGAUGUAUCUCCUGGGGGUUUGGAAUGAUGGGUUUAGAAAAGCAACGGAGCCAUGCUUAGGUUGAAGCUUUGCAUUUGUUUUUAAAGAUGAUUCACUACUAUUAAAACCCAUUUCAUUAACUUGGUGGAAGACAUGUAGUAGUUUCUUCUUCUGGGAGAAGAAUACCAAACACAUCACUUUCACCCUGGAUCAGUGAUGACAAGCACAGAUCUGAAAAUGUUUGCAUUCUUGGCGCAGUGCUGGGUGUGUUGUUCUAAGCUAGUAGGAGGGUGGAGUGCUGCUGGUUCUCUGGAAAUAGACUGAACACAACCGAGAGAAGAUGUGGGGAUUGACGCAAAGGUCUACACAUCCGAUCUUGUGACCGUUGGAGACUAUGCCACUAAUUGAUGGACAGAUCUUCCACCGUCUCCCACCAGGGUGACAGUCUGCUAUGAAAGGUUCUUUUCGGGUAUUAGAUGUUUGCUCGUAGCCAGCUGUACCACUGGUCUCUGGGCAGGAACACUGUCAGGGCGCAACCCAUGCUGGCUGUCUCGGUAAGUGAUUGGAUGUGCUGUGGUCUCGAUGACAAUCAUUUUUCUACUUCACAGUGGGUGGAAGCUUGGGGUUAAAUGUCUUUUGGAUGCCACCUAGUGAGCCCUUGACACCUUGGACUCUAGUAAUGAUGGUUUUGUUGGGAGUGGGGAUGGGGAAUGCUGAUUUUAUACAAAAUGCACGUGGAGUGGUGUCACUGCAGAAGGCCUUCCCGAAUGAUCUUCAGAGUAUCAAUUUACAGCAGAGGAGAGGCUGGGAGUGGAAGAACAGAUCAACGCUUGAACCGAAAGAAUGUGAUGGACUUUCAGGGGCUGUGACUGAAGGUGAACGUUUCCUUAGGGGUACGAAACAAUGAUUUCUUUUUAGCUCAGUGUCACCUUCUCGUGCCAGCGAAGGCCUCAAACCAGGCUCCAGCUAAAUUUUUAUUUGGGUGUUGGCAAUAAAAAUCCUUGUUAAAAAGCAGAUAGGUAAUGGACUUGGGACUCCAGGCCCCACGUCAGAAGGAAGGAAUGGCCCAAAAUGAGUGCGUGUCCACACAGACAUUCAAGCACGGCUUGUUUAGUCUUCGUACUUGGCGUCAAAGUUGCUGCUCCUUGCUCCUUUGUGUGCCUGGGUGGUCUUGGCCCUGUGUAUCAGCAGACAUCUCCUGUCCACGGUCAGCAGUGCGGGAUCCAAUGUGCCGUGACUUAAGCAGAAAGCUCAGAAACACACAUAACCCACAAAAACUCAAUUAUUGUUUGUUCAAUGUUUUCCUACAAGAGCCAAGUAGUGACAUGUACAGAAAAUGCCUUUUUGGAAUAUUGAAAUCGUUCUGCAUGUAAAAUAUUGGAUAAUUAAUUACCUGUUUAUAUUAAAAUUCUGAAUAAAUUAUCUGAGAAUAUACUUGUUUUUGAGUGAUGUUCAUGCUAGGACCUGUGGCCUGUGUAGCAUUGUGGCUGUGGGUUAGGUUAAAGGAAAUCUCCCAGGAAGUCGUGGGUUCCUAUUAUCACCCUGAGAUCGAGGAUCUGCUCUCAGGGUGGGUGGAUGGGCAUGUGUGAGGAUAUCCUUUGGCCAGGGAGGGACCUUGGAUUAAAAGAGGAUUUUGAACAGCUGUCCUGUGGGCUGAAUACAUAGCGUAGGGCAUUAGGAGACAGGCUCCCUCUCUUCAGCUCCCUGUGUGACUUUGAAAAAGCCAAGUAACCCCAUGUAGGACAGGUUACAGGUUACAAAAGUCCAACUUACAUACAACCUAUAGGU